AUGCCAGAGUCUACCAAGCAAGUUGCGCUCGUGGUCGGCGCUUCUCGAGGCAUUGGUCGCCAAAUUGCUAUCGACCUGGCUAAAGAUGGCUAUGCAGUCAUCGUAGCCGCAAAAUCCACCUCGGAUGCCUCAACCACUACCCCCUUCCCUCCGGACCCCAACUCCCCCGCCUCCACCAUAUCCACCGUCGCCCGCGAAAUCCGCGAAGCAGGCGGCGAAGCCACACCCAUCCCCGUCGACACACGCUCUUACGCCAGCAUCGAAUCCCUCAUCGCCCUUACCCUCUCCACCUACAACCGCCUCGACGUGCUCGUCUACAACAGCGGCGCAAUCUGGUGGUCCUCCGUCGCCAAAACCCCCAUGAAGCGCUUCCAACUCAUGCAGCGCGUAAACGUCGAGGGCCUCUACGGCGUCGUGCAAGCCUGUCUACCGCAUUUCCAGCAAGAAAACGGGGAGUGGCAAGGUAGAAUUGUUAUUGUUAGUCCGCCGAUUUACUCGAGGUUUUUUCGGGGAAAGACAGCGUAUGCGGUUGGGAAGGUGGGAAUGUCGGUUUUGACUAUGGGUCUCGCCAUGGAUUUUUCGCGUGAAGGUAAAAAGGAUAUGGCGGUGAGUAGUAUCUGGCCUGCCACGGCGAUUCAGAGUGCGGCGACGCAGAAUCUUGCGAGGGAGCAGGCGAGUGAGUUAAGGACGCCGAGCAUUUUCUCAGAUGCGGUUAGGGAGAUUAUCAAAGCGCCUGUCGAACAGGUUAAUGGGAGGUUGUUGCUUGAUGAGGAUUUUCUGAGGGAGAGGGGGGUGGAGGAGUUUGAGGGGUAUAGUGUUGUACCUGGGAGUAGGCCAAGGAGGAUUAUGCCAGAGGAGUUUCCGGAUUUGAGGGUUAAGGAGCAGGAUGAUGAGGGGAGGAGGAUGGAUAGUACGGUUUUGAGGGCUGCGGCCAAGUUGUGA